AUGACUUCCUCUUUCUCUUCCAGCGACUUCGCCGGAAACAAUUUUCUUCAGGGUGUGUUCUUCUUGGCUGAUAUCAAAAUAGUAGAGGUAUUAUUUGCCCUUCUUGUUUUUGUAGUGAUACAUUCUUUGAGGCAAAAAAAGCGUCAAGGACUACCCAUUUGGCCCUUCGUUGGAAUGUUACCAUCCUUGGUGUCCGGUCUUCGAACCGACAUGUACGAGUGGAUUACUGGCGUGCUUUGUACCCAAAAUGGAACUUUUACAUUCAAAGGCCCUUGGUUUACCAAUCUCAAUUGUGUUGUGACUUCGGAUCCUCGAAACUUGGAGUACCUUCUCAAAACUAAGUUCUCAAACUUCCCUAAAGGAGAAUAUUUCAGAAAUACAGUUAGGGAUCUCCUUGGUAAUGGCAUUUUCAAUGCCGAUGAUGAGAUCUGGCAGAGGCAGAGGAAGACCGCAAGCAUUGAGUUCCACUCGGCUAAGUUUAGGCACUUGACCACUGAGUCGUUGCUCGAGCUCGUGCACUCUAGGCUCUUGCCUGUCUUGGAAGACUCUGUUCAGCAAUCCAUUCUCAUCGAUCUACAAGACAUCCUUCUAAGACUCACAUUCGAUAAUGUAUGCAUGAUUGCCUUUGGGGUUGAUCCUGGUUGUUUACGCCCUGGCUUGCCUGAAAUACCAUUUGCUCAGGCGUUUGAGGCAGCGACAGAAGCAACUGUAAAGCGAUUUGUUAUUCCAACUUUUAUUUGGAAGGCCAUGAGAUAUUUGAACUUAGGGUCGGAGAAAGAACUGAAGCAAUCAAUAAAGGGUGUCGACGAGUUUGCAGAGGAAGUGAUUCGAACGAGGAAGAAAGAGCUUUCUUUGCAAACAGAGGAUAAGAAGCAAAGAUCAGAUCUGCUGACAGUGUUUAUGGGGCUGAAAGAUGAACAAGGACAACCAUUUUCGGAUAAGUUCUUGCAAGAUAUAUGUGUGAACUUCAUAUUAGCCGGAAGAGACACUUCAUCAGUGGCGUUGAGCUGGUUUUUCUGGCUGCUUGACCGGACUCCGGUGGUUGAAGGAAGAAUUCUGGCUGAAAUUUGCCAGAUACUUAGUGACAGGAAAGAUUGCGAUGAGAGCAAAAGCCAUCGAGUAAUUUUGCCAGAAGAGGUGAAGAAGAUGGAAUAUUUGCAUGCUGCUCUAUCAGAGGCUCUAAGGUUGUACCCUUCAGUACCGGUGGAUCACAAGGAGGUUCUUGAGGAUGAUGUUUUUCCUGAUGGAACGGUGUUAAAGAAAGGAACAAAAGUGGUGUAUGCAAUCUAUACGAUGGGCAGAAUGGAAGAGAUAUGGGGAAAGGACUGCAGAGAAUAUAAGCCAGAGAGAUGGCUUAGGGAUGGCAGAUUCAUGAGCGAAUCUGCCUACAAAUUCACGGCUUUCAACGGCGGUCCACGGCUGUGCUUAGGAAAAGAUUUUGCUUAUUACCAGAUGAAAUUCGCAGCAGCCUCGAUUCUGUACCGUUAUCGCGUGAAGGUGGUGGAAAAUCAUCCUGUAAGGCCAAAACUGGCGUUGACCAUGUACAUGAAGCAUGGGUUGAAAGUGAAACUCUCCAGGCGUGAUGAGUCUGAGCUUCAAAAGUAUCUCAAGAUGAAAAAUUAAGGUCCAAGGAAGGGCUUGUUCAUGGGUUGGUGCUAUUGGUUAUGUUUUCAUUUCAUUUCAUUUCCUUUUUUUUUUGGUUUUAAUAUACAUAAUUUGG